GGCCGUUACUGAGACGCCCCUGAGCCGACCCAUCCAGGCACUGAGACGACUGGUGGUUGGCGAGAACGUGAAGGAAAACACACCGUGCGUUUCGGCUGUACCAGAUGAGUUCACAGUUCACAUUUUAUCCGGUUCAACUCGUUUUGGUCUCGCCGUGGUCCUCAGCUUAAGACCUCACCGUAUACAAGCGGCUGCUUCUGACUCUAAAGCCCGGUGAGCUGGCUCCGUGAACUGCGGCCCGGUGUCGGUGGAGCUAGCGUCAUUAGCUCCGCUCCUUUAGCGACUCAGCAACACAGAGAUCACUAAGGUCAGAACAUAGGAUCAACAACAUAGGACUACGGUUAUGUCGUUGAGCGAAUACACGUGUCUAUUGUCACGUUGAAUGGCCUCAGAUCGGCUCGGACAGGUCGAUCAGCAGCAGAGGGCUGGGUAGGACCACAUCAGGUGUGUUGAUCAACACCCUGCUUCCGUAACCCGAGCACCGCGAUCAGCCGCUAACCUCUCAUCAAACUGGAAAAAACAUUGGAUUUAGUCGGGUUCAAAUCGGGUUCGGCCGGGUCGCUAACCCCCCAGAAGAAGAUGAAGAAGAGGAAGGAGCUAAACGCUUUGAUCGGACUCGGGGACAGUAAGAAGAAGAAGACCAAGAAGGGGACCGGGCACCGGCUGCUCCGGACCGAGCCCCCGGACUCCGAGUCCGAAUCCGAGUCCGAGUCCGAUGAGUUCAGCAACAUGGGCAGCGCUGUUUCCUUCGGGAAGAGAAGUUACACGCAGUGCUGCAAUGUGUGCUACCCCUUGCUUCUGUUCAUCAUCCUGGCCGCCUGUGUCAUGGCUUGUGCUGGGCUCAUAUGGAUGCAGAUUGCACUGAAACAAGAUCUGGACUCUCUGAAAGAAAAACUUCAUAUUAUGGAAUCCAGCCAGAAAACGUCUUCACAUGAAAUACCAAAAUUGAGCGAGGAUCUGAAAACAAAGCAAAGGAGGCUUGAAGAGAUUGAAAGCGGAGACAGGGGUUUGGCCAAACUGUGGUCAAACCUGACAGAGAUGAACAGAAAGAUCAGUUUACUGGACACUGCAGUCAACCACUUGAAGGCCAACAUUAAAUCGGCCUCAGAUCUAAUCAACCUUCCAACUACAGUGGAGGAGCUCCAGAAGAGUGUCGCUACCAUUGGCAGCACACUGACGAGUGUGCAGCACGAUGUGAAGACUAUGCAAACCGCUCUGGAGAGUCAGAAGAAAGAGGCUGAUGAGACGAAGAAGGCAAUGGACAUCACAGAGCUGAGGAAAACAGUGGAGGAGACCAACAGGACCCAGGCGCUCCAGCGGACCCUGACCCAGGAGCAGAUCCACGGCUUGGUGUCCACCACCACCGACCUGUCCCAGAGGGUGUCCUCUCUGGAGCGGGGGGGACAGGCUCCGGCGCCAGGCGACCCCGAGAUAGUGGCAGAGGUGACACACAGCAAAGAAGAUCCUGAUGCUGCCCAUGCAGUGACUGUACAUGAGCCGAGCCCACCCCCAGCAGCGUCUGGGGAGCAGACGACCAGUCUUCCUCAGUUCCUGUCCCGUAAGCGCUCCCGGCGAAGCUCAAAGACCGAAUGCCCCAAGAUCAUCGAUCUUCCUUCUGUCCGUUCCUUUCAAGAUCUGCAGACUGUCUUCAGAAGCCUGGACCAGCGACACCGCUCGGCUGGAUUCUCGUACCGCGAGCUGAGGAACCUCUUUGGAGCCACCUUCCCAAACAGCCGGACCACCAAAUGCUUUGACACCGACGGGGACCGCAGGUACUCCCUGGCCGAGCUGAGGUCGGCCACAGGUUUGUGAGCCACGUCGUGGUGGAGAUGCGGUGAACAGUAUUGGAACCGGACGGGGGGGGGAAGAGGGUGGAUGAAGGGUCGGUACGCAGUAGGGUCCCAUCCCCACGUCUGAGAAAGCUGCUCUUUGAUGGACUAUGAACAACCUUUUUCUCUUUACUGAUUGUGAAACGGUGACUCUCGCAUGUCCAUCCCCUACUCCCCUUAAUUCACAUUAAACCCCCUGACCACCACACCGGCGGGAGCUCAUGUUUCCCGGGAAACUGCAAAAAUGUAUACGUUGGAAGCGGCAAUGUUAUUUUAUUUUUUCCGUCAAUGUUUUCCCCCAUAUUUCUUUGCGCUAAUCUAGAAUACUAUAGUAUUGUUUUACUCAUUCAUUUUCGGGGGGGGGGUCACUUCUCAUUCCUACAUUGUCUUGUAACAUUUAAAUGGUGCUCGACGGUUUCUGUUAAGGCGUUAGGACUGAGCUGGUCAGUGAAACGCGACCCCACCCCUCACUGUCUAUUCACUUGACCCGUCGAAAGCACCAGUGUGCAACCUUUUUCAACAAUCAUAACAAAUUAAAUAUAGAAAAGUCAAUCAUUCCUCAUGUUAUUUUCUUUCAGCUCACCUACCUAACCCACUGAACCAGUUAGUCAUACCCAUUGGUUUCUAUUUUCCAGCUUCUUCCAUCAGAAUGUAUUAUUUGUAUCCUUAUCUUUGCAUCUUGCCGAUAGCCUCAGCGGUUCUUUUCUAGUUUAGGCGGUUUUUAGGUUUGGAAUGGCUACUCGCUUUGGUAUUACUUUUGAGGGGGUAACUCAACAAGUCAUAUGUAGCAAUAACAAAAAAGUGUACAGAUAGGCGUAUGUUGUGCUUGCUUUUAAAAGGACAAAGAUCUUGUUUUAUAUAGCUGAAAUGAGCAACACUGACAGUUUUUCAUCCUCAAAAAAGAAUCUCAAUACUUGUGAGCAGAUAUUACAGUAAUCUUUUGUUCAUUCAAUUGGGAAUGUUGGCAAUAACAAAAAUAUGAUUUACCCCUGCCUUGUCUGCAAAUUUUGCAUUAGUAUAUUUAAGAUGAAGCCUACUCAUUACUGGUGAAAAGGUAGUAUUAGAAGCACUGAUCUCUACUAGAGAUUCAUCAGUCCAUCUCUGUGGGCCUUGUGUAAUCGCUGGAACGCGUUGUCAUAUUGCUGCAGCAUUGUAAACAAUUAUUUAUUGCACAGCGUGGAAUUGUAAAAAUUGUAUAAUUUGUUUUUACGUGAGAUUAACAGAUUUCGGGGUCCAAAUCAGAAGAUUGUACAUUAAUAAAGUAUUCUGUGACCUGAUAAAAUAAGUAUCACUUUAACAUAGUUUGGCUUUGUUUUCGCAGGACAAUGAUUUGAAUGCUAUAUUUUACCAUGUCUGAUUUUAAUUCUUCUGCUUAACUGCUAUUGGAGAUAGUUUCAAUGUGGGAUUUUUGUGAAUAUAAUAAAUAAACAAUUAAAAAUG